UCAUGGCUCAGGGCCCAGGAUAGCGAGCCCCCCACCCUUGGCCAUUGUGAGACUCGGCUCCUGCUGAUCUCUGUGGCUAGUGCCUCUCAGCUGACAUCAUGCCCCACUGUACCGGCUUCAGUAAAGGGAGCACCAGCCAAGGCUGACGGAGCCAGUGCAGCUGGAAGGAAAAGCACCGCAAGCAGGGAGCGCUUGAAGCGCAGCCAGAAGAGCGCCAAGGUGGAGGGCCCGGAGCCUGUGCCUGCCGAGGCCUCGUUGAGUGCCGAGCAGGGGACGAUGACGGAAGUGAAGGUGAAGACGGAGCUGCCUGAUGACUACAUCCAGGAAGUGAUCUGGCAAGGCGAGGCCAAGGAGGAGAAGAAGGCCGUCGGUAAGGACGGGACUGGCGAUGUGCCUGCUGAGAUCUGCGUGGUGAUCGGCGGCGUCCGCAACCAGCAGACCCUCGAUGGAAAAGCGCCCGAAGGCAGCCCCCACGGUGGAUCUGUGCGAAGCCGGUAUUCAGGGACCUGGAUUUUUGACCAAGCAUUGAGAUAUGCAUCUGGGUCCUAUGAAUGUGGGAUCUGUGGAAAGAAGUACAAGUACUACAACUGUUUCCAGACCCACGUACGGGCACACCGAGACACCGAAGCCACCUCAGGGGAGGGAGCCUCCCAAAGCAACAACUUCAGGUACACAUGCGACAUCUGUGGGAAGAAGUACAAGUACUACAGCUGUUUCCAAGAGCACCGGGACCUGCAUGCUGUGGACGUGUUCAGUGUGGAAGGGGCCCCUGAGAAUCGAGCAGACCCCUUCGACCAAGGUGUCGUGGCCACUGAUGAGGUGAAGGAGGAGCCCCCAGAACCAUUCCAGAAAAUUGGUCCAAAAACUGGCAACUACACCUGUGAAUUCUGUGGGAAGCAGUACAAGUACUACACGCCCUACCAGGAGCAUGUGGCCUUACACGCCCCCAUCAGUACUGCCCCCGGGUGGGAGCCACCGGACGAUCCAGACACGGGCUCUGAGUGCUCACAUCCAGAGGUCACCCCGUCUCCACGCUUCGUGGCAGCGAAGACCCAGACGAACCAGUCGGGGAAAAAAGCUCCUGCCUCGGUGGUCCGAUGCGCCACGCUCUUGCACCGCACCCCUCCAGCCACCCAAACCCAGACGUUCCGCACUCCAAAUUCGGGAUCUCCAGCGAGCAAGGCGACCGCAGCAGAAAGCGCUUUCAGUCGGAGAGUGGAAGGCAAAGCACAAAACCACUUUGAAGAAACCAACAGCAGUUCACAGAACUCCAGCGAAACUGCAAGUCCCCUGAUUUCCAAUCCCUUCCCUCUCCUGCAGAAGCCCUACACCUGCGGCGCCUGUGGGAUACAGUUCCAGUUCUACAACAACCUGCUGGAGCACAUGCAGUCGCAUGCAGCUGACAAUGAAAACAACAUCACCUCCAACCAGUCCCGAUCGCCACCUGCUGUUGUGGAAGAGAAGUGGAAACCUCAGGGCCAGAGGAACAGUGCCAAUAACACCACGACCAGUGGUUUAACGUCCAACAGCAUGAUCCCUGAGAAGGAGCGGCAGAACAUCGCAGAGCGGCUGCUGCGGGUCAUGUGUGCCGACCUGGGUGCACUGAGCGUGGUCAGCGGGAAGGAGUUCCUCAAGUUCGCCCAGACCUUGGUAGACAGUGGUGCCCGCUACGGGGCCUUCUCAGUCACCGAGAUUUUGGGCAACUUCAACACGCUGGCACUAAAGCACCUGCCGCGCAUGUACAACCAGGUGAAGGUGAAGGUGACGUGUGCCUUGGGCAGCAAUGCCUGCCUAGGCAUUGGUGUCACCUGCCACUCUCAGAGUGUCGGCCCCGACUCCUGCUACAUCCUUACAGCCUACCAGGCUGAGGGUAACCACAUCAAGAGCUAUGUGCUGGGCGUGAAGGGUGCGGACAUUCGUGACAGUGGCGACCUGGUGCACCACUGGGUGCAAAACGUGCUGUCGGAGUUCGUGAUGUCGGAGAUCAGGACAGUGUAUGUGACGGAUUGCCGGGUGAGUGCAUCCGCCUUCUCCAAGGCCGGCAUGUGCCUUCGCUGCUCAGCCUGUGCCUUGAACUCAGUGGUGCAGAGCGUGCUGAGCAAGCGGACGCUGCAGGCCCGCAGCAUGCACGAGGUCAUCGAGCUGCUGAACGUGUGCGAGGACCUGGCAGGCUCUACAGGCCUCGCCAAGGAGACCUUUGGGUCUCUGGAGGAGACGUCACCACCGCCCUGCUGGAACUCGGUGACAGACUCACUGCUAUUGGUGCAUGAGCGCUACGAGCAGAUUUGUGAAUUCUACAGCCGAGCCAAGAAGAUGAACCUCAUCCAGAGCCUCAACAAGCACCUGCUCAGCAACCUGGCAGCCAUCCUCACACCUGUGAAGCAGGCUGUCAUCGAGCUGAGCAACGAGAGCCAGCCCACCCUGCAGCUGGUCCUACCAACCUACGUCCGGCUGGAGAAGCUGUUCACAGCCAAGGCCAACGACGCAGGCACCGUCAGCAAGUUGUGCCACCUCUUCCUGGAGGCACUCAAGGAGAACUUCAAGGUGCACCCGGCCCACAAGGUGGCCAUGAUCCUGGACCCGCAGCAGAAGCUUCGGCCUGUGCCACCGUACCAGCACGAGGAGAUCAUCGGCAAGGUCUGUGAGCUCAUCAACGAGGUGAAAGAGUCCUGGGCUGAGGAGGCUGACUUUGAGCCCACUGCCAAGAAGGCGCGCACCACCGCUGGGGAGCACCCCGCGGCUCAGGAGGACGAUCGCCUGGGGAAGAACGAAGUGUAUGACUACCUGCAGGAGCCCCUCUUUCAGGCCACCCCAGAUCUCUUCCAGUACUGGUCCUGUGUGACCCAAAAGCACACAAAACUCGCCAAGCUCGCCUUCUGGCUCCUGGCGGUUCCAGCCGUGGGGGCGAGAAGUGGGUGUGUAAAUAUGUGUGAACAAGCACUUCUCAUCAAAAGGAGGCGACUGCUCAGUCCAGAAGACAUGAACAAACUCAUGUUUCUGAAAUCCAACAUGCUUUAAGACUUGACUUUGGGAAAGCAGAAAAACAAAACAAAAAAAGAAAGCAAAGCAAAAGGAGAACAUUAGAAAAACACACAGCACUGUCACAAACAAAGAAAAGGAAUUUUAAGUUCUAAACACUGUGGACCUCAUUCUAAAUGCCCCCUAGAAACUUAAGUGCUUCUUUCAGUGUGUGUGUGCAUGUGUGUCCACACCCACAUGUGUGCACGUGUUUGAACACGCGUGCCGUGGGCGUGGGGGCUUUGCGCUCAUCUGUGCAGCCAGAGAAGUUUCCACAUACGUGCACACACACACGACCCUGGUGCAUGUACACACGCCUGCCCGCAGGCGCAUGUGCAUUGGGCUGGGCGUGUCAGGAAAGCCAAGUGACUGGGAAAGAGGGAGAAGUUUCACCUUUUCUCGGGAAGGGGCUCUAAAGACUCCGUUUUUCAGGUGUGCAGAUUGGGAGAAACAUCGCAAUGUUCAGGCAGCUGCAAUCUGAAGUGACUUGACAUCCCCUGUCCUCUACCCCUGCCGCCCCCAACCUCAGCCCCCCAAUCCCUACAGCGCCUGCCCCCUGCCCUAGCUGCUCUGCCGUGGAUUCUCCAAACUGCAUCCAAUGGACAGUUUCUGCACUGGACUUUGUUUCUCGUUCACCUUCAGGGCAUUGAGCUGCUGCCUUUGGGGUCACCCCCAGGUAUCCCCAGGCAGCCGCCUUAGAAACACACCUAUCUAUCUCCCCAAAUCAGGAAAGGAGACUCUAAGAAUAUAAAGCUGACAUUUUGCUUUUUAAUAUAAGAGAGAAAAAAAAAGAGACAUUUUUCAGAGAAGUAUAGAUAACUGUCUCCACUCAGUUUUUUCCCUAACAUUUUGGCAGUUUUUACCUUUUUGGGGGUUCAUUUUAUUUUUUCAAAUUUGUGUUAGACUCUGCUAGGAGGCACUGAAUGUCUAUAACUUAUGGUUUGGAGUGUUGGGGUUUUUUACUUGCCCUUUUUGUCCCUCACGUCGCACUGUAAACUAGCUCAUCUCAGUGGUAUAUUCAGUAUCCUAAAGUUUCUAUCAGCCUUCCCCAUACAGUCCGGUUUUCUGUUCUCAGAUGGACAAGACGUGCGCUGUCUGGAGAGCAAGGGAGCGGGAGGGGUUGCGGGUUCCUCAGCUGUGGGGUUUGCUGGAAGCCAUAUGGGCAGCACGUGGGGUUCUCCUGAAUGUAAGCAGAAGAGCCACCUCCUGGUUCGCUGUGUCUGUUACUGAGAGCAUCUGGCUUCUGUUGCCAGAGGGCUUUCCGCUCCUCACCUAUCCCCCACGCUUCCGGCCCCUCAGGGCUCCAGAAUUGAUCCAUAUUCAUGGCCACCACACCCAAGACCCAGUCUCUCCCUCCUUCCCAUGGUUCCUCAGGCAGUCCGCAGCCCUCAGGGGUCCCCACAGGCACCUCCAACGGCCAACCAGGACAGCAGUUGAGCCUGGUGCCUUGUGGGCUGAACAGUUGAUGUUCUGAGGGUGGACACCUUCCACUCAAUGCUGUGACAGGGGUCUUUAGGCCCCUCUUCUGAUCCCCCAGUCAUGAGCAACGGAGGUUCUGCUAAGAACCCAUUCUCUCCAAGAGAGAAAGAUCAGCUCUCAACCCCACCCCACCCCUGAGUGAAUGAAGAGCUGGUAGCCCCCUGUCCCUCAGGUGUCUGUGGCUCUGGGAUAGGGAUGGUUGCGCUUCAUGCUGAGAGUGACCACCAUUGUGGGGGCUCUUUGCAAAGGCACCUUCUGCCAUCAUGGGGGUUGGCUAAAUGGACCCUCACACACACACACCCAGUAAUAAAGCAUUACUCAACUGUGAGAUACCUCGACUACGAAAAGCACUGUACCAUAGCCCUCUCCCAUGGGGCCCUGGCAGGACGGGCAUAAAGUUGGUUUAAAACCCAAGAAGGCUUAAGCAUCAUGAUCAUGGUGCCCACACUCUUUUGGAGGCCAAGCUGUACACUUCACCUCAUGAAACUAACCCAGCUCUCCCUGCAGCAUGGGACAUACUGAAAUGGAUCAAAGUGGGCCAUUUCCACAACUGCUUCAGCAAGCCAUGGUCCCAGCAACUGCAGACUGGCUCCUCUCCUAGAGAAGAGGCUCUAGGUAUUUCUUCUACAUUUCCGGCUCCUGCUGCCACCGACAGAAGAGCCUCAUCUACAGUGGAGCAGGAGCAGGGAGAAUCCAGACAGGAACCAAAUGUUGCUUCCUAAAGAACAUGAAACAUCGGCAGAUGUUUUGAUCAGGCCUUUGGAAUUGUGGAAGGUGGGCUCUGGGUUGCUGCUGACUGACAGAUGCUUCUUAUCAAUCUUGCUUGGCUGCUGGAUGGGAUGAGCACAACUUGGCACUUUUAGCCACACUGGAAGGACGGGAGCUGCCCAUUUGGGUUGUCAGAGAAAGCAGAGUCAGUUACGCUGGCCAGGCUGUUACUGAGCCAGUGAAUUGCAGAACCAGCAGCCACACCUAGAUCCGCAGUUAGAGUACUCAGCGGUCUCCUCCUUAGAGCAUGAGAUAUUUGCCCUCCAGAAUGAAAAUUAGAGUAAGUCAUACUUACUGGAAGUAUCCAGAAUUAGGUUGUCACCUCCAGUAAUCCCGUGUUUUGCACCUCAGUUCAGUACUUAGGCUUCGCUUGCCUCUGCAGGUUUGCUGUAAAUGCUGUUAGGUCCACAGAAAGUGGUCUCUGGGGCCUGCCUUGCCCACGUAGCUAACGGUGGCAGGCGAUCAUUUCUCUCUUGUGAUCUGUGGUCCCCCAGAAACGGGUGUCGCCAACAGGAAAGGCUGUACCAGGUGCCCUCUGAGCCUGCUUCCUCAUGCAGGCUAUUCCCACGGUGCAAAUCCUGCUGUGACAGGCAGCUUAACAAAACCCAAAGAUCUUAACAAAACCCACAGGUCAGCCACCUGCCCCAUUGUCUCCAGCAGCAUCCACCUUACCAAAUUUCCAGCUCAUCCAAAGGACUGAGACGGGCUCUUCCAGUUCAUCUCCUGGUGCCUGGCUUGGUCUUGACCUUCAGAAGGAUUUUGUCAUCUGCCCCACAGUUCUGUGACUACCAUAAGUCCGUCUCCCACAGGCCUUUGGGAGCUGGGAGACCAGGAAAUGGGGCCAUUUCUGUCAUACCUUCGCGAGUAAAGGUGGCUGCCUGCUGACUUGGAUACAGUCUGCCUCAAGUUACAUGGUUCCCAGGAUAGAAAUGACCUUUAUUUUGACAACCAUGGACCCAAGAAAGAAGUGGAGGAGAUAUACCUCUGCUCAGCAGGGCCUUUCCCCUGCCUUGUGGUCACCAACAGAGCCCAAGCCAAGGACUGCAGCCUCAUGAUGGCCCCUCAGAUUUUCAUUAACCCAGGGCUCUCAGGUCUACCAGGAGGAUGGUGUACGCUGCUUGAGGAUGGAUGCAAGCAUCCCAGCGCAGUUCCACACGCCUGGGUCAAGUCCCUCUCUGGUGGCAUUUAGAAACCAGGAAGUGGUGCCACUGAAGCAAACUUUGCUCUUCAUUGCUGUGGGUUCCCAGCACAGAAAGCCACCAAUUGCAUCACAAGUUAGGACAUGUCCCCACCAUCCCACUUGAUGGCUUCUUGCUUGGCAUCAGGAAGAAUGCACCAAGGUUUCCCGGCAAGGAGAGAAGGGCAGCCGGUGGCACGGAUGGGAAGUCAUGGCGCUCUAGAAGUCCAGGAAGGAAUUUUGGCACCAGCCAUUGGGCCUGCUGAGAGUCCUCUCUCCGUCAGUCUGACUUGUUAUCUCUUGCACUUUGUAGAAACACCGGAGAAUUCUGCAAGGCAUUUUCCACUGUGAAGCCAAAACCUCUGCCUGUGGGAGGCCCCUAGGAACACCUGCUUCCCCUAGGCUUGGGCUUGACUCCUUGAAGAGUGAGUACCUGGAGAGAUGUCAGAGGUGUUGCAUGCAGUCCAGGGCCACAGGGUAACCAGAAGGUUUGCAGUGGAGCCCGGAUGAAGAUGGAAGUCAGAAGCCCGUGACAUGGUUGGCAGGAUCAGACCUUAUUGUCGUGCUGUGCUUGAAGAGGAGGGGCCAAGGGCAUGGUAGGUGCCCUUGUCCCAUAAGCUGCACCAAAUUCUGAGCUUCACCCUGGUUUUGGGAAUGUGGCAGUAACACUAUCUCUGGGAUGUAUUGGAGGACUUCUGGCAAGGUUGUACUUCCAGAGGAACCGAGAGACUGCGUGAGGCUCAGUCUGUGCCCUGGAGACAGCAGAUGGGGGCUCUGGUCCCUGCCCUGCCAGCCCCACCCCCUGCUGGGCAGUGGGCGAUCCAGGAAGGAGCCACCCCUCUUCACUGUGGCUAAUGUUUGCUAGGCCAGUUAUGGUGAACCAAUGAUAACGGUCUUUUCCUUCUUUCGUUUCCCUCCAGGUCUCCCCUUCGCAGGGCUCUGGGGGGAUUUUGUUGUUCUUGUUAUUGUUUUCUUCCUCUCAUUUGGGUCUAAAGAUCUUGGUCGGGAGAGCCCUGGCUUCUGCCCAGGGAGCCCUGUGGUUUGUGUAUGAAAAGGCACCUGCUCCCUUGGGGAUGAGGAGCAGCUCUGAGUCACUGUCUGCCACCUUCAGGCCCCCACCUCCACCACUACCACGGGCGAGGCUGUGACAAUUCAGCUCCUGUACCCGGGAUUUGUCAGGUUUGCAUCCGGGCAUUAGCAUCACGACCCAGCAGGGUCCUGCCCAUCCCAGCGUCCCACUGGGCACCUUGACUCUUCGAACCAAAGUUCCUUAAAGGGGCACAGCCCAGCCUUGUCCACAACCUCAGGGGCCUGGGAUUUCUGUGGCACAGCCUGAAAUCCUGGUUGGCACAGACCAUGGGGUCUGAGACCCACCGGAAGGAAGGGCACCUCCCACAACCCAGUGCCAGCCGGUCUCUGCCUAGGACUUCCGGCUGCCCAGCCAGGGUGGGUGGCUUCCCGAGGGGCAAGCGAGCUCAUGGACAGACGCGGGCUGGGCUCGCCAGCCAGGAGAGAGCAAGAGCCCCAUGGCAGGGCCAUCCACAACCCAAGCAUCAGGAAAUCAUUUUGUACAACCACCCCGACGCAGAGAUAUUUUUAAGAAACGUAAAUUAUUUUCAGUUUUCUGAUCCUACCUUUUUCUUUUCCCCACAACUUCACGUCGGUGAUUCGUUCACAUCAGGUAAAUCUUGAGAACGCCUUGGUGCCCCCUCCCGCCCGCCCCCCACUCAGUAACCAUGUGCGUGCGCCCCUCAUCCCUUCUCAGUAGUAAAACGUUCUAGGCAAUACCAUAGGCACAUCUGUGUCUCUCUCUUCGAGUGCAAGAAACUCAAGUCAUCUUAAAAAAAAAAAAUUUACAAAAAAGCAAACACAAAAAAAUAUCUUUUUUAGGCCAGAGUUUUCUACAGGUAUUAAUGAAUAUUUUUCUUAAUCCUUAUAAGUUUUAUGUGUUUAAUAUUUCUUAAUACCGGUAGCAUUAAUUUAUACUUUUGUAGCAACACAAUAUUUUUAUAAACAGCCAGUGCUUGGCUCAAGUCUUCACGGGGGUUUAUGCAGGGCCAUCUUGGGACCCUGUGUACCAUGUACUGUAUUUAAAAAAUAAAAAGUUACCUAGUGUCACACUCGCUGUGUUAACAAAAGAUGUUGUUGGCAGUCUCCUUGAUCGUUGGUGUGGAUCCAACAGUUCACGAGGAGUAGCAUUGCAUGGGGGUUGAGUUGACAGUUCUUGUGAUAUGUAAACCCCCGAGACCAAACUUGAGGGUUUAUUUAGGGUUUUGUGUGUGUCCUUCGGGUUUUUGUUUCAUUUCGUUUUGGUACCGUUUCUCCAUUUACAACCGAAUCAGUUUCAUGAUGUUUAAAACUUCUACUGAUGUCAAAUGGAGGAAGGGAUCAGAAAAAAAAAUUUUUUUACAAAGUAAUAAAAUUUGAAACUGAGCUGUUUAAAUGUUGCUGUUUUUACCUGUCUGUUCUUGUCCAAAAGUGGAACGUUCUCUGGGAGGAGAGUUCCACCUGGUUCCUUAAGUCGCCAAAAGCCCCAGCCCAGGAUUCUGUACCCCGCUGGCCCCCUGAAUUCUCACAUUAUUUCCCAGUUGUUUGAUGCCAAGGCAAAAGGACAUCCUUUUAACGGUUAGAGAGGAUCAGUUGCUUAAAUGAGUUCAUGUCAGUGUUGUAUUUAUGGUUUUGCAAUAAAAUGACCUUUAGGAA